UAUUAAACCAGGAAAUUCAUGUCUGAGGAAACUGAUAUCCGCAUUUGGAUAAACUGAACGAGACUUCAGCAAGAGUUUGGCGCAACUACAUCCACUGGUGAUGCCGGAGGUCACUUCCACCAGAAGUGAUAGGCUAACAUCCAAAGGCAUUAUGUUUUUAUGCAACACCACAGCCAUCAAGGACUGGAGCUUUUUUCUCUCUCAGAUCAUGCCUCUUGUGAAUAAAUCAGCGGGAUUUGUUCAUCAGAGUAUGGAUCGGGUGGAGGCGGUGACGAGCACCAUGGUGACGGCUCUGGAGCCCGACCUGAGCGGCAUGAGCGCCAGUCACCCGCCGCUCAACUCCAAUCACACGUCCGGGUUGGAGCACGUUUUUCAGUACUCGUACUCCGAGAGCGACCUGCAGUUCACGGACUACAAGACACCGCCGAGGGACUCGAUACCACUGCCCAAGGCGGUGCUGUACCUGGUCAUGGCCGCGCUGGUGGUGGUGGCCGUGGCUUACGCGAUCGUGGGGCACCUGGUGAAGGAUCUCGUGCAUGAGUUUGUGGAGUGGGUGUUUGGGCCCCGUUCAGAUAACCGCAGGAGCAAGAGUGAGGUGAACUGCAUCAGCAGCAGCAUGAAUGAAAUGAGGGAACUCUCACAUCCAGUGGACAUGCGCUGCAUUGUGUACAAUCACUCCGACUGCCAAAGCACCAUUAAGAUGGAAGAACUGGUGGUCACCAUCGAUGAGGCCUCGCAGCUACCUUGUGAAGCUUACAGUGGGACCUAACUGAGAACAAACCACCACCAUUUGAUACACCCUUUAUAAUGAGGAAAAAAGCAUGUUUGCUUUAGUUUGAGCAGCAUCUGUGAUGUUGAA